AUGAGAGGAAGUGGUGCUGGUGGUUCUGGCUAUGGACAGGGAAGUGGUGCAGGUGGUUCUGGUUAUGGGCAAGGGAGUGGUUCUACCGGUUCCGGUUAUGGACAAGGAAGUGGCGCUGGUGGUUCUGGUUAUGGGCAAGGAAGUGGUGCUAUCGGAUCCAGUUAUGGACAGGGAAGUGGAUCUGGUGGUUCCGGAUAUGGACAUGGAAGCGGUAUUGGUGGAUCUGGUUACGGACAAGGCAGCGGUUCCGGUGGUUUCGGACACGGAGUUGGUUAUGGUUCAGGAAGUGGUUCUGGUAGUAACAACGUUGGAUAUGGUCAUGGAACCGGAGGGAGCUAUGUAAAUGGUUUCGGAGCUGGCCAAGGUAGUGGUUUCGGUGGCGGAUCUGGCCAAGGAAGUGGUUACGGAAGUGGAUCCGGACAAGGAGGUGGAUUCGGAGGUGGUGUCGGUCACGGACACGGACACGGUGGUGGUUUCGGGCACGGCGGAGGUUUUGGCCACGGUGGUGGAUUCGGCCACGGUGCUGGAUUUGGUCAUGGCGGUGGUUACGGCGUCGGCGGUGGAUUCGGCGUUGGUCAUGGUGCACAUAGUAUCUUCGGUCUACACCACAAGCCUCAACUCAUUGGAGCCCUAGCACAUGGUGGCGGCGGUCAAUUCGGCGGUGGUCUUGGAUUCGGAGGCGGUGCCGGCGGUGGUGCAGCAGCCACUUAUGGCUAA